AUGGAUCAUCUGCAGCCUUUCACCUUUGGUUCGCCUCGGCAUACCCAUUCAGAACCCAAGGCCAAACCUGCGCCGCUGGAUCGGCCUUCCUUUACAUUCAUCGAUCACGACGAUGACUUGACCUCCAAGAGAAUUAAAGAUGUCAAUGCACGCAAGGCUAUUCGCUCUCAUGUUAUGCGCGAUGUACGCCGACGUGAGAGACUCGCUGGGUUGAAACGAACCUCCAGACAGAAUCGCGGGCAAUCCGAUGCUUCCAAGGCUGCCGUUGAUGAAUCAAAUGAACAAAGACUGACGUUGAGGGCUUCACCUCACUCCUCUGCUUCGUCUUCCUUACUAGACACAGACUCUGGAGACUGUUUUACCUCAAUUUAUCGUGGGCGUCCUGUCAGGUGGUGUGCUGGUUAUCCUUUGCCUCUCCAUUCAAAUCCUAAUCCACCUACAUCAUGGUUUCUUGAUCCUUUCUUUACGCUGCCCGGUACCAGUGAGCUUCCUUCGAUGGUUGCCCGCUUGGUGUACUAUUAUUCAAACCAAGAGAUGGAACUAAUGGUUCGAUCCUCAUUCUCGGAUCCGGGUAGUUUCUUUGGGUUGAUGAGCAUGUGCGCUGCCCAUCGGGCCGUUCUCGCAAGCCAGCGAUCGGGUAAUUGGGACUCGGUGCUUACCAACGACCCUGACUAUUGUAUGAUGAGAGCAAAGUCCAUUCAAGAGAUGAGCGCAAAAGUACGGGAUCCGCGUCGCAGACUCAGCAAUGAGGCGUUUGAUACCAUAAUCAACCUCCUCACUGGCUCGCUAAUUAUCGGAGAGUUCAGCGAGGUCCAUACUCACUUAACAGGGCUUAAAAGUAUGGUUGAUCUGCGAGGUGGAAUAACAGAUGAGAGUAUUCGUUCUUCCUCUAUGUUGUCUGCCAUCAUCACAACCGACAUCAAAGCCGCCUCGGGCCUAAUGACCAGACCUGUUUUUCCAUUAACUUGGGAUGCACAGCCAAUCCCUUCGGAGAUCCAACAGCGAAUCAGACCACUGGCUUCGUCUCCUCUCAACAGACUAGGCACGGGAUUUUCUGCCAAUACAUUCCUCAGUCCCUCCUUAUUGAAAAUUAUAAGCGUGCUUCGUGACAUGGUAUUCUUUAGCAUCACUUAUCAGACAAAUCCUACAGUGAUUAAACCUGGUGACCAAGACUUUUUCCGCAUCCUCAACUGCGAAGCAGAGCAUCAACUUCUCAGCUAUAUCUAUGCAGAAGGUUCCCCCAAUCCAGAGCCCAAUCUUCAUCCGAUUGAAGCAGUCACUCGAGUGGCUUCUAUUUGUUAUCUCAAUCAUUUUCUGAUUGUCUCGCCUUCAUCAUCUGGGUUGGGUCGAGCCCUUACGAAACACCUCAAGACAGCGUUGGAUAGCUACAAAUUGUCUCUUCUUGUGGGAUUACCAAAUCAAAACUUUGGACUUUAUGUUUGGGCAUUGUUCGUCGGAGCCCAAGGUGCCCUAGGACAGCCUGAAAGACAAUGGUUUGUGGAACGGCUGGCCCGUGUCGCAAUGAUAUGUGGAUGGCAGUCGUGGGAGCAAAUUUCGAAACUUAUGGGCGAUUUUUUCUUUGUUGCAGCUUUGGACAGCUUGAAUUGGCGCUCUAUCUGGGACGAAGCGAUGACUGGGUUUGUGAUAUCCGAGUCGGAGGAAUUGGAAUUCUCAUCUCUUCUUGGGACGAGUGCUCUCUCCCUUACUUAG